AACAAGCAGCCUGGAAAGGUCUUCACUCACUCGUCCUCACACCCAAACCCUAGAUCUGGGUCCCCCUUCCUGCUCUCCCUCUGCCACUAAUCUGCCCGUCUGUGUGCUAGCUAAAUUGCUUUGGCACUCAUUUAGCGCGUUUUAAUAAAAAGUAGCGGUCCGAUUGCGUGCAGAGAGGUGCUGCAAGCCUCAUCACACUCCAGCACACGUCAGAGUUCUUAGGCAUAUUCGCCCAGUCAGUCGGUAAACGCGUCGGCUGGUUGUCUGCAAGUAGUUUUUUCCGUUCAGCUUUCCCCGUAAUUUUUUUUGUUCGAAGAGCUGUUGGGAAGCGGAGCGGAGCGGAGCAGGUGGUAGGGAACGAGGAAGUAGGCACGGUGUAGCGUAGACUGCUCUCCUGUUCAAUCAUGCAUGCCUGCAGAUUGCGUCGAGGAGAAUGCGCGUGAGCUUCGUUUGGCGGAUCCGGCAGAGCUGAUUGGGAGAGGAGAGUAAUGUCGGACGAUUAACUGAUUUGACAGUUUUGCGGAGUUUCGCGUACGCCGUUUGUCGGCUGAAUCGGUGAGAAUACGCGAGGGCACAUUUCUUGCGCUUGAAGAUGCGGAGUGAUGUUUCUUGUUGUGAACUUGUUAGAGUAGGUGCGUCUGUCCUCCACACUUUUCGGAGAGCUGUGGAGAGCGGCAGGGAUUGUAAUCGUCGGUAAGUCCGUAUCUGAUAUACAGGCUGGUAUGCUUCGGCUCCAUGGUGCGGAAGUUCAGACUUAAAGAAAUCUGAAUCGGAGGGGAGAUUGUGGGUGGGAUUUUUCCACGUGCCCGAUUGGUUUGAAGAGGUUCGUAGCAGGAAAGGCGACGAAAUUAUGAAGAGGAUGAAUUCUUUUCUGCACAAAGGCUUUCAGGCCGCAAAAUGCAAAACUCAACUUCGUCUGGGAACAUCUCGAAUUAAGCUAUUACGCAAUAAAAAGGGAAUUAAAAUUGCAUCCGACAAAAGAGAAGUGGCCGAGUUACUAAGAAAGGGGCAAGAAAGCACAGCUCGAUUGCGGGUAGAGCAAGUGAUACGGGAGCAGAAUCUUAUAGAUGCUUACGACUUGGUUUCACUCUAUGCUGAGCGAAUAGCGGCAGAAAUAUCGGUUAUCGAUUCUCAGAAGACCUGCCCUCCGAAUUUGAAAGAAGAUAUAUCUACACUGCUAUUUGCAACCUCAAGAUGUUCCGAAUUAAGAGAUUUUGCUGAUAUCCGCCCUAUGUUUCUCUCUAAAUAUGGGAAGGAGUUUGUAUCAGCAGCAGAGGAAUUGCGCCCUGGCUGCGGGGUGAAUGGAAGGGUUAUUGAGAAGCUCUCAACGUGUCUUGCAACGGGUGAAUUAAAGCUGAAGGUGAUGAAAGCAAUAGCGGCAGAAUAUAAUGUUGAGUGGGAUCCAGCCCCUCUUGAAAAGGAGAUUAGAGAGGUCCCAGAUGAUCUUCUCAAUGGACCUACUGUGUUUACGAGCGCUGAUACGUUUCGCACCAUGAUCGACGAUUUGCCCUCUGUACCUAAUCAUGACCCAACACUUGGGUUCCAUUCAUCUUCUUCAAGCUCUACCCCUUGGCCUGAUACUUUUAAAGCACCGUCAUCGGGAAGUUUCGUGGAAGAUAAAGUAGAUCCUGUGAACAAGUCACGUUCUGUUGAUAAUUCUCAAGAUACUGUGCGCAGAAGUGGGCCUCCUUCCAGAAAGCCCCCUCCCAGAAAUCCUCCCAAGGCAGAUGAUUUAGAUUUUGAAGGUGGGCAUCUCGAUAUGGAUUUAGAGAGUAGGGAAGCCCAGUCUAGGAGAAAUCUGAGACGCGAGUCGGAUAUUUUUCCUACACCGUCAUCUCAGGAACGGUUCAUAGGCGAAGAAUCGAGACGUAAUUCUAUUGGUGUACCUAGAGAGAAGAGUGGCCGGCCGCAUGCCAAAUCUGCUUUCAGGGAUGUAGACGAGCCUGCGUUACACGAGCAAAGGAAACACAACCGGAGAAUGUCGCAGGGUGCUUAUGUAGAUGACUACGGAAGGGAGCAUGAACCAGAAUCUGAUGUUAGCCGCAGGUCAGAUCGUAGUCAAAACCCGAGGUUUGAUCAAUAUGUAGAGAAGGGUCAUAUGCGGAAGGCAGAUGUUGACAAGUCUAGCACUAGAAAACCAUUGUUGGCUCGUUCAUCUGUCGAAGAGUUCAACCAGUCUUCUGAGAAUGACGCGAUGUUAUAUGCAAAGACCAAGUCUGGAUUUGACACAGCUAGGAGUUAUCAAAUGCGAGAUGAGCAGGAUUGGGUUGAAGACAAGAACGUGAGGGUUUCGAGCAGGGGAGGUACUGAGAAAACAAGGUCACAGUACCAAGACUACUACUUAGAGGGCGGUUCCUCGAGGGGGGCUUCGAAUAGCGAAGUUUCCAGAAAUAAAGAGAGUACUCGCGAUACAUCUGCUGAGGGGGGUUAUAAUAAGUUUAAUAGUAAAAGUAGGGAGAGUUCGAAAUUUACGGGAAAUUAUCAGAGGCCCGAGUAUCCAGAUGAAGAUGCAGGCCAUGUAUCACCUCGGUUCGAAGAUUCUCGUCGGAGAGAUUCCAUUAACAACACACGCAAGGGGGAGCUUUUAGACGAGGAUAAUUGCAAUCCUAGUUGGGAUAACUAUCCUUUCGCGAAGACUGUCACCACAAGGAAAUCUAAAAACUCAAAGGAGUUGCGUGAUUCUUCAAAGAGCUCGCGACGUGAUUCCCUAAAUAAUACAGUAAAGGUUAUGCCUCUGGAUGAUUUCUCAGCACAUAAUUCUGAUGAUGAAGAAUAUGCGGGGAAGGACAAUGGAGUCUAUACUGAUGAUGUGCGGAGAAAGAGUAACAGUACAGCUGUUCGGUUAACAGAUGACGACACCUACUUCAAUUACAAUGGGCAUGGGCUGGAGAAAGGUCUAACGUCCAGCGCACCUUGUUUUGACUCUAGUGAGGAAGAGGAUGAAGAAGAGCAUGACCCCCGAGGAAGUGCAACAAGAAAUCCUAAGUCAAUGCCCCGUGCCAAAACUACGGACACCCGAUUCUCAGACGGGUCUUCAGAGUCUGGAGAAGAGUAUGCUCGUAAGGGUAAUCGGAGAACCCCCAACUUGUCUAGCGUUGGUGAACGAAGGAGUAAUACUCUGUCUUUUAAAAAUCCAGAGGAUAUGAAUGCGCCACUACAUGAAACUGGGAGUACUAAAUCUAGGCCUGUAUUUGACGACUUUCCAAGAUCAGUGAGGACGUCAAGUCAUUCUGGGUAUGACGAUGAGGCUGAGGAUGAUGAUGAUUAUCAUCAUGCUACAAAUCUUAGGACGGUCAAUGAAUCCUGUCACACAGAAAGGAGGAUGAGUUUGCCAGGAAGUGUGCGUGAAAAAUCGAAGUUUCUGGCAGGUGGAUCUGGUGAUGUCUCUGGUAGUACCGGAAGAACAUCUGGGCGACGAGCAACAGUUGGGCCAGAGGAUUUUCGAGGUUCUAUCUUUCAGGAGACUAAGGAUUCUCCAAAGAGUAAGUAUGGGGAUAUGGGCGUCAGGAGACAAUCCGACCGUCAUCGGGAGUCCGACAGAUCUAUCAAGUUUGACGAUGACAGGCCUACCCGUUUUAUUAAUUCCAACAGUCAUACUGAACGUGAUGAUGACAUACCUCGUGUUCUCAGGGUGGGCAAGCAGCCAAUUCUGGAUGACAAGGACUCACCAAGAGGGCAGUCUUCACCACGUGAAAAGCUCCCGAGGUUUGUCAGUGAUUCCCCAAGUCGCGAUGAUGAACUAGCGCAAUCUACGCCACGCACCCGAUCUAAGUUGCAGAGCGUGAAGACUGAUCCGAACCCAUCAGUUUCGCCAAGGGAAUCUACAAUGGAGCACCGAAGGACUCAAUCAGCUUAUGUUGAUAAUUUCCCUUCAACCUCUGGAACUCCAAGAUCGCAUUUGCGACAGCAGCCAUCAGAGAACGGAAUGUCCCCCAAUCAAGAUGGUGAGCAUAGUUGGAGGAUGUGGAAUUUGGAAUGCAGUCGACGGUGUACCCUUAGGCCAAAACCCCUGUAAUCUUUGUUGGCUUUUCAAUGAGAAAGUUAUCGCUAUUUAUAUUUUCAUUUCUAUAGUGAUGUGAUUUAGAACAACGUUUCGUGAUAGCAGUGUCUAGACAGGAUUAAAUGCAGUCCUCGUGGUGGACUUGAAUUUUGUCAGUGUUUUCUUCAACCGUGUAUCUGUAUAAUGGCAAGAGAUUUCUUAAGUAUCCUGUA